AUGGAUUCGCAGCUGAAGAUCGGCUUCGUUGGAGCCGGGAACAUGGCUUUUGGAAUCACAAAGGGCAUGCUGUCGGGAAAUGUUCUUCCUUCAAAUAUCAAAGUGAGCGCACCGUCUUCCAGGAAUCUGGGACGCUUCCAGGAGCUUGGUGUUGCUGUAACUCACUCAAACACAGAGGUGGUGUGCGAUUCUGAUCUGGUCUUCAUCACCGUUAAACCUCACCUGGUUCCUCCAGUUCUCAGUCAGAUCUCACCACACAUCACGGACAGACACGUCGUUGUGUCUGUGGCGGCAGGAGUCACCAUAGCAACGCUGGAGGAGCUUCUCCCCGAGAACUCCAUUGUGAUCCGCCUGAUGCCAAAUCUCCCGUGCGUGGUCCAGGAGGGGGCCCUGCUGUUUGCACGGGGAUCCCAUGCGAAGCCAGACGAUGUCGCUCUGCUGCGCUCAUUGUUGCACUGCUGUGGUUUAGUGGAGGAGGGACCUGAGGCCUGGAUAGACAUCCACACGGGUCUGAGUGGGAGUGGCGUUGCUUUUGUGUAUCUUUUUGCUGAAGCGUUGGCAGAAGGAGCCGUUAAAAUGGGAAUGCCAAGCGCUCUGGCUCACAGCAUCGCAUCCCAAACAGUCCUGGGUGCUGGAAGGCUAUUACGGGAUUCAGGGAGACACCCAGCUCAGCUGCGCUCAGAGGUCUGCACGCCUGGUGGAACGACCAUCUAUGGACUUCACACGCUGGAGCAGGGUGGUGUGAGGGCGUCCACCAUGAGCGCCGUGGAGGCGGCAACCGAGAGAGCCAGGGAGCUCGGCCGACUGUCUGCAGCACGGAGCACCAAGUGA